AUGAGCACUCUCGCCGCUGCCCGCUACGGCAAGGACAAUGUCCGCGUGUACAAGGUGCACCGCGAUGAAAAGACUGGUAUCCAGACUGUUGUUGAGAUGACUGUCUGUGUCCUGCUCGAGGGUGAUAUUGAGACUUCCUAUACUCGCGCCGAUAACAGCGUCAUUGUUGCCACCGAUUCCAUCAAGAACACCAUCUACAUCACAGCCAAGCAGCAGCCCGUGACUACCCCCGAGGUGUUCGGCUCCAUCCUGGGCUCCCACUUUAUUGAGAAGUACAGCCACAUCCACGCUGCGCAUGUCAACAUCGUUACCCACCGCUGGGUGCGCAUGACCAUCGACGGCAAGCCUCACCCGCACUCCUUCGUCAAGGACAGCCCUGAGACCCGCAAUGUGCAGGUGGACGUGGUCGAGGGCAAGGGCAUUGAUAUCAACUCUUCCAUCAAGGGCUUGACCGUACUGAAGAGCACUGGCUCGCAGUUCUGGGGCUUCUUGCGGGACGAAUUCACCACUCUCAAGGAGACCUGGGACCGCAUUCUCAGCACCGACGUUGCUGCUAACUGGCAAUGGCGCCCCUUCAACAGCGUGGCGGAUGUCCGCGCGAACACUGCCAAGUUCGACAAUGCCUGGCAGGCUGCCCGUAACAUCACACUGAAGGUCUUCGCCGAGGACAACAGUGCUAGUGUUCAGGCUACCAUGUACAAGAUGGCCGACCAAAUCUUGGCUACUGAGCCUCUUUUGGACACUGUCGCCUACGAGCUGCCCAACAACCACUACUUCGAGAUUGAUCUGAGCUGGCACAAGGGUACUAAGAACACUGGCAAGGAUGCGGAGGUUUACGCGCCCCAGUCUAACCCUAACGGUCUCAUCAAAUGCACCGUUGGCCGCUCCAGCCAGAAGGCCAAGCUGUAA